AUGGAUCAAUUGCCGUAUGAGUUAUUAUUUCAUAUUCGUCGAUAUAUUGAUCAACUAUCAGAUCUAUUACAAAUGGCUUAUGUCUGUAGACGUUGGCAGUCUUUGAUUAUGGAAGACGAAUAUUUUCUUAAUCAACGUUUUUCUCAAUCGUUAAAAUGCUCACAAAAAUCAUAUUAUUUUAACUUCUCUAUUUACAAAAAAUAUUGUAAUCCACAGUUUCUGUUCAAUAUCGAUCGAUCAUUAUUUCCAGUCAAUCUUCAAUCAAGUCAUUGUCAGUUUUUACCCUGGACUGACCCAGAACAUUCAUGUAAUUAUAAAACACUCGUUGAACUUGGUUAUCAUUUAUCAUUCUUUCAAUCGUCACAUUCUUUCUCCUUUUGGGUCUUUUUACCUCAUCAAUCCGAAUUAAAUAUACAGAUUGGAAGUUUAAAUGCCGAUGGUGUGACUAUUGUGCUCUGUGCUGAUCAAAAUUAUUAUUUCGACAAAGAAAAACGUUUAUCGAUUGCUGAUCGAUGGACUCAUAUUGUUUUGAACAAAAUUGAUUCACACCGUUAUUAUCGAGUAUGGAUCGAUGGACAAUAUGUUUCAAAACCAAAUCAGUAUUAUUUAUACUGUUAUGAAAUGGACAAGAACGAUUUUCUUAUUAAUUUAGUAUUAUUUCGUAAGUAUGACAGUAAUAUAUUAGAAGCAUCUAGAAAGCCUCGUUUAGCCGAUCUCAAUGCUUUCACACGAUGUUUGACACCCGUCGAAAUUCGAGCUAUUCAUCAACAGCAAACAUUAAUCGACCAAGUUAAAGUUGGAACCUUUAUUAAGAACAACAAAAAGCACAACAUCGAAAUCGACUGA